AUGACAGUGGACGAGUCCUUCACCAGAAAAGCCAAAGACGUGGCUGCAGGUUUCGUCGGCGGCGCCACGCAAGUGCUCAUUGGGCAGCCCUUCGACCUUGUGAAAAUCAGGCUCCAGACAAGCACCUCAGGAGCCACCACCUCGAGUAUCGUCUCGCAAGUGUUGCAAAAAGAAGGCGUGCUAGCGUUCUACAAAGGCACGCUAGCGCCGCUUUUCGGAGUGGGAGCCUGCGUGUCGCUCCAAUUCUACGGCUUCCUUGAGACCAAGCGACAAUUGCUCAAGUACUCGGGCCAGCAAGAGCUCAGUCUCUGGCCCCAGACGUAUUUCGCGGGCGCUGCUGCUGGGCUCGUGAACAGUCCAGUGACCGCGCCAGUGGAGCAGCUCAGGAUCCUCAGCCAGGCGCUGACCAAACACACGUCGCUCAUGGAAACGGUGCGCGAAAUCUGGACACGCCAGGGACUCUCGGGGCUCUACCGCGGGUUCGGCGUCACCGUUGUGCGAGAGUGCCAGGCGUACGGGGUGUGGUUUCUCACGUACGAAUGGUUGCUUGAGCAAAUGCAAAAAAGAGGCAACCGAGCCCGCAAGGAUGUGAGCACGCCUGAGCUUUUAUUCUGCGGUGCCGCAGCGGGCAACGCUCUCUGGUUGCUGAGCUACCCUUUGGAUGUGAUCAAGAGUAAUGUGCAAAGUGACAAGUUUGGGUCUAAAAGUCGGUUUGGCGGGCUGGCGGUGAAGGCGGCGCGGGAGAUAUGGGCCACGGGCGGUGCGAGAGCGUUUUGGAAGGGUUUAGGGCCUUGUUUGGUGAGGGCAGUGCCCUGUAGCGCCGGGACGUUCGCGGCAGUAGAGACUGCGCUACGAGUGAUGGGGUGA